AUGAAGAUUUUUGAGCGGAAAAUGCGGAACAUUAACACCAUCAAGGUUUUUUUGUCGUUUCACAAAAAAUGUCGAUUCAUCCAGGCGUGGUGGCGGGAUACAAGGAAGGCUUUGCAGAAGCGCUUCGCUGCGAUCCUGAAGGCCGUAACACAAUCCGAGUUGCGCUAUCACAAGCAGGUUUUCAUAGACCGGCAUGGUGGCGCCCUGAGUCCUCCGAGUGGAGCGAAUUUAAAGGCACUUCUCAUUCCUGCCAGCGACCGGAAAACCUUUGUAGUAAUCGAAAUGCGGGCCAGAAGGUGUUUAAUAUGUCGAGGUGCACCACCCAGUUGAUAUCAUUAUUCAAUUUAUUACUUAAGUUAAUUUGAAAUCUUUAUUUGAGAAUGGUGACACAACGAAGUUUUUCGCUUUUGAUGCAAGGAAGUUUGUUUGAGAGCAGAGUUUUCUUUGUUCUGAAUGCACGUCAACGUUUCCCAUGUCCAUAUGCACAUGAUUCAUUGAAUUGAUAGAUCAAUAUCUAAGCUUCAAGUUCUUUGAUGAGGAUGAUACAAGGAAGUAUUCCAGUACGAGAAUUUUGGUUUUCUUUUUAUUUUUGAACAACGUCCCAGUGAGUAGGCUGGUCAUCCAUACCCGUAUCCACAUGAUGCUCAUUGAUUUGCAAAUCCUAGGUAUCUCGCUGUGACCGCUCUUCAACAGUAUAAGGACGACUGGAAAGACUUUGAGAAACAGGUGCAAUCCUGGAGAGAGCAGCGACAUGCAGCCAAAAUUAUGGGCGGCGAAGUAGGACCCAUGCCUUUCCCGCCAACGCUGCCUCAGUGCUACCCCAAGCCGAAGGAACUGCCGGAUCUAGUGGAACGGUAUAAGCAAGUUUUAUCUUACAGUAUGAUAGAUGGGACUAUUUACUUAGACAGUAUGAUUUAUGAGAACAAGUAUCCUAGAGUCGUCGUGGGUACUCGUUUUCGUUGAAUACAGUAUGAUUGUAGUACUCCAGUUUUAUGAGCCGUGGUACAGGUGGGAGUCCCGUUUGAACUAUCUUUUAUGAACGAAGAGCACUUAUUUUACCAAAGAGUAAGUGAUAGCACCAAGAAGAAAUCCAUGAAACCAUAACCAAUUAUGUGAACAAGCGCAAACACUUCUUCGUAUAAUACUAUAUUAUUCUCUGUGAACCACGGCGGAUCAGAUCCCUAAUCCCCUAAUCCCUAGUCUACUGAUAACUACUGGACCCUGCAUGUUGACUUCUGAUACUAGGUACAUGGGCAUUUUCAUGCACCGAGCAUUGAAGCGUCUGGGGCCUAUGCAGCCUGCUGAUAUUCCCGCAUUGUUCCAAAGCUUCGUAAAAAUGCUGGCUGAACGCAAGCCCGCUUGGCUCAUCGAGGAGAGCGAUGCCAA